ACAUUUCCAUUUUGCAUUUCACAACGUUACGUAAAUCAUUUAAAUACACAUAAAUCGUUGAAACAAAUCGAGCCAUGUUUAGUUUGGUGAUUUUAGUGACAAUCUUAAUAUAUUCCGCGAUAAUCGUCGAUUUAGCCCCAAUUUUCGACUUCGAUAUUUGGGCCGAUGAAAACGAAGUCGUUUUAAACAAAACCGGGAUCGUUCGGAAUUCAAAAGUUUUAAAUUUUAUCCCGAUCCCGGUUGAAGAAGAAUGUUUAUCGACUGAUGGGCGACGAAAAGGUGUUUGUAUGAACACUUAUGAGUGUAGGAUUCAAGGUGGAAAAUCCCACGGGUUUUGCGCGAUGGGUUUUGGGGUUUGUUGCGUUUUUACCGCAACUUGCGAUCAAGAUGUUUUUAACAACAUAACUUAUUUCGUUAACCCUCAUUUUCCCGAUUUAGACAUCGACAUGUCACUAUGUUUAUUAAAAAUUAAAAAAAUCGACCAAGAAAUCUCUCAAAUUCGCUUAGAUUUCGUUCAUUUCAAUUUGGGGCAACCCAAUCGAAAAACUGGAAUUUGCGAAGACGACGUUUUAUUAAUUUCCGGUGGAAGUUCGAAUAAUUUAAGCAUUUGCGGCUACAACAGCGAUCAACACGUUUAUUUCGACGUCGAUAACAUUGACGAACCCAUCACAAUGUCGAUGAAUCUUAGCAAAAAAGUGGCGAAACGAUUUUGGGAAAUUCGAGUGACUCAAAUUCCUUUCUCACAAAGAGCUCCGUUAAGUUGUCUCCAAUACCACACCGGGUUAACCGGAACGAUUCAAACGAUGAAUUUCGCCGAAAACGGCAGACAUUUAGCGAAUCAAGACUACAACAUUUGUAUUCGACAAGAAAAACGUAUGUGUAGUAUUAUUUACGAACCUUGCGAUGAGAAUUCGUUUCGAAUUUCGUCGAAUAAUCGACAAGGAUCAAUAGCACAAAUGGAGGUGACUCAAAAUAAUCAACUAUUUGGGAAUCAAAAUCAAUCAAUUAAUGUAAACAACGAUGAAAUUGAAGGAUCUGGUGGUGAUUUUGAUGUUGGGGAAGCUCGAAAUAUGGAUUUAUGUGUUGAUAAGAUAAUUAUGCCGUGUGGUUCUGAUGAUUUUUUGAUGCCUGGUGAUGUAUCGAAGGAAUUUUGUUCGAUUUCGCGAUGUGGGUCAUCUUUAUGUCCGAAAGGUGAGGAUCCGUGUAAAAUUGAAACGACGGUUACCCCAUUUUCGAUUGGGGUUCAUUUUGGGCCUAGUUCGAGGGAUAAUUCAUCGCCUGAUGAUAAUUUGGGGAUGUGUUUAGUUUAUAAACAAAUAGAAUGUGUUAAUUAAGAACAAUUUUUAGUGAUGUUUUAGGAAAUAAAGAAAAAAGUAUUUA